AUCUGUAUUUCCCACUCCAAUUCCAAUUCAAAUCCCUAAUUCUUAAUUUUCUUUUCGUUUCUCAAAUUUUCUCGCGAAGAUGUCAGGCCGUGGAAAGGGAGGUAAGGGACUUGGAAAGGGAGGUGCAAAGAGGCAUAGAAAGGUUCUCCGUGAUAACAUCCAAGGCAUCACAAAGCCAGCUAUUCGUCGAUUGGCGAGAAGAGGAGGUGUGAAGAGGAUCAGUGGUUUGAUCUAUGAAGAAACCAGAGGAGUUCUCAAGAUCUUCUUGGAGAAUGUGAUUCGCGAUGCUGUUACAUACACUGAGCAUGCUAGGAGGAAGACUGUUACCGCCAUGGAUGUUGUUUAUGCUCUCAAGAGACAAGGAAGAACCCUCUAUGGAUUCGGAGGUUGAAGAUGAUGCACUGCUUUGUUUAUUUUUAAUUUUCUGUUGCUGUGUAGUUUCAAAAUGUGAUUGUAAUCUCACAGUCCUUGUGAUGGUGUUUACGUUGAUCUUUGACAUGUAAUUCACUGUGAGAUUGGACUCUAUUGAAUAUUACAUAGAAAGAAAUUCGAAUCUAAUGAAAUUUAGUACUGUGAUUAAUUCUGGUGGAUUGUAGUUGAAUCAAAAUUAUUCUGUUUCUUUAUCUCCA